AUGUACUACCGAGGUGCACAAGCAGCGAUAAUUGUUUUUGACAUAACGAACUCCAGUUCUUUCGAGCGAGCAAAAGGAUGGGUCAAAGAACUGAACGAACGGGCAAACACGGUCAAGGUGAUUGCGCUGGCCGGAAACAAACUGGACUUAGCCGAGCAGCGAACAGUUUCUUCUGAAGAAGCUCAAGUGUACGCCUCGGAAUACGGUCUAAUUUACAUGGAGACCUCGGCGAAGAAUGCCACAAAUAUCACAGAGCUAUUUACGGCAGUUGCUUUACGUCUGCCACGUGACACACCAGCUAAUUCGAGCGGAGGAACGCAGUUGCUCUCGACAGAAGCAUCCGCACCGUCUCGUCAAUGUUGUCGAUAG